ACGCUCUCACGGCUGUUUAUUCUCUCCAUAUUAUCUGGAGAGAGCGAGUGUUUUGUGAACUGAAAUAACCGAGUUAACUGAAACAGGAGAGGGGAUUUCUAAUCUCAGUGGAUCAUGACAUAUGUCCGUCUACAAUGUUGAGGGCAGCGGGUCGUUGUGGCUGUGCGCAACGAGACAGGUGUGUUACCUGUGGCUGUGAACGCUGGAAAGGGGGCAGGCUUGUUGUUUUCACUACCCUGUGCUUUCUUCCGGCUCGGAUCACCAACAUGCCGAUGAAGUGAAUCGCUUUGGUUUGACUUGACACUGUUCGGCUAGUCGAGCGCGUUUUGACGGUGUCGCGCGACUUUAAAUCCACAGAUUGAUCGGAACAGUUCGUGACGAUUCAUGGGCAAAGACACGCGCACCACCACUCCCUGAUCAUUGACAAAAGCCGCUCUCAAUUGAACUCCUAAUAGCGUUCGUUGUACUGACGCAUUACCGAACCGGGCUGCAGGCAAUAUGUGCGAGACGGUGAUGGCCGUGUCUGAUCUGGACACGGAUCCUCAUCCACCGGAGAACGGCUUCGUCACACCUGAAAUUAAUAAAUCACCCGGUUUACUCUCGCAUAUCGACGGCGGCGUUUUGCCCCGUCUGGGAGGAUUUGGGAGAUUUCAGAAAGAGCUGAUCGUUUUGACGUGGAUCCCGGCCCUAUUUAUCGGCUUCAGUCAAUUUUCCGACUAUUUUCUCCUGGCUCAUCCGAACAACACGUGCCUGGCAUUGCACGAGAAUAAAACCAACCAGUCGACCGGUUUUGGAUAUAACGUUAGCGGCGUGAAUAAUGGGAACAACGGCACAUCGCAUUGCAUCUGCAUGCAGUCGGGAUAUGAAUUGAAAGCUGGACUCGAGCACAAUGUUGUCACCAAGUGGAAUCUGGUGUGUGACUCCGCCUGGAUUGUUCAUAUCGCCAAAUUCUCACUGCUGGUGGGCUCCAUCUUUGGAUACUUGGUGUUGGGAGUCUUGUCAGACUGGUUUGGCCGUCACCCUGUCCUGAUCCUCUCGGUCUUCUUCACGCUGGUGUUCGGCAUGACGGUGGCCUUCUCCGUCAACGUCCCCAUGUUCGGCACCCUGCGCUUCUUUGAAGGCUUUUGCUUAGCGGGAAUCAUGCUGUCUCUCUAUGCUCUGAGGAUCGAGCUUUGUCUACCCGGCUUGCGUUUCUCCAUGACCAUGGUGGCUAACUUUGUGGUGUUGGCUGGACAGCUGCUCCUGCCAGGACUCGCGGCUCUCUGUCGUGAUUGGCAGAUCCUGCAGGUGGUCAUAAUCGGUCCACUCCUGCUCAUGCUGUCCUAUAUCUGGAUUUUUCCGGAGUCUCUGCGCUGGCUGCUUGCUACCCAACAGUACAGCCGCUCCAAAUGGAUCAUGCAGCGGGUUGCAAAGAAGAACAACAUCAAUCUAGAGGAUGCUGAAGAGCUGAUGACAGAGAUAAACAAAGCCCUUCCAAAUCCGUCCAAGAAGACGUGCAUCGUGAGAAUGGUUGGCACAAGGAACCUCUGGAAGAAUAUCGUGGUGCUCUGCGUCAACUCACUAGCAGGUUAUGGCAUCCACCACUGCUUCGCACGCAGUAUGAUGGACCCAAACAUGGAGACAACCACCAUGUUUCAUAACUUCUACGCUGACUACUACACCAUGGCGGGCAUCACCGUGGCGUCCUGCGUGGCGCUGUGCCCUGCUGUGGGUUUGAUGGGUCGACGAGGAGGACUCCUCAUGUUCAUGAUUAUAACAGCUCUGGCGUCUCUUCUUCAGCUCGGCUUGCUCAACUUGCUGGAAAAGUAUAGCGUUCCUCUGAAUAUGGGAGAAUCCUCUGGUACGCUGAAGUCCAACUUUUCAGUGGCUUUCUCCAUUAUCGGCAUGUUCUCCUCCCAUGCUGUCAGCAACUUAAGCAUCUUCUUUUGUGCUGAAAUUACCCCUACUGUUAUUAGGGGUGGUGGUCUAGGUCUGGUCCUUGCCAGUGCCGGUUUUGGCAUGCUGACAGCACCCAUCAUGGAGCUGCAUAACCAGAAAGGCUAUUUCCUGCAUCACGUGAUUUUCGCCUGCUGCACUCUUAUCUGCAUCAUUUGCAUCCUGCUGCUGCCAGAGCCUCGAAAUCAACCUCUACCAGAAAGUUUGGCUGAUGGUGAAAGUUAUACACGCCAACCGUUACUGCCACCCCGCAAGCCAGGAGAGCGCUCUCUGCUGACCAAGUCUGAUAGCCGCGAGUAUGCGAGGGUUGGUGACACGCCUCUCCAUGAAGCAGCUGCGACUGCCAUUUCAACAAUGGACUCUACAGCGUCAUCCGCCAUCGAUAUUCAUGCACUCCUUGACGUCCCUGUCCAUCAACCACUUGGUCCGGUACAGCUCCUCAAUAUGAAGAAAUUGACUUCUUCCCAUGAGCAAGAUGAAAUAAAGGAAACCACUGAAGAGUAUCCCACAACUGUCGUCAUGCACGAGUCCCCGGCUUCGUCUGUAGAGGACCCUCUCCUGGGCUCGAUCCCAAACACAUCUACACCGGUCGUUAUUAAUUCUCUUCGUGCAUCUAAAAUGGAGUCUCCCCCUGAUGUUAUUUUAGACGUUUUACCUCUUUCCACUGUGGACAAGUCUUUGAUCACUGAUUCGGUACAAGAGUCCCCUGCAACUUCUUUGAUUGAUAAUUCCAUAGCCUCAUCUAAUGAGCUUCUACCUCUUGCAUUUCUAGAUGUAGUUAAUCCUCCCACUGCGGUAUCUCCAAUGCCAGUUGCCAAUGAUAAUGACUUCCAACCUGAGAUGGACUCUUCAAGUCCUCUUCUUGACUCUCAAUUGCCUUGUAUUGUCAGUGACUCAAACAUUCAGCUUGCAGAGGACUCUUUAGAUGCCCCAAUAGAAGAUGCUAUUCCUCUGUGCAACCUAAGUGUGACUGAUCCAUCACACCUGUCCACUGGACAGUCACCCACUCCCCCUUUCUCCAAAGACUCUUCUGUUUAUCUAGCCAAUGAAACCGAUGAACCACAUUCCCCAACAGAACUCUUAUUACCACCAGUACUAGAUUCCCAGGUACAUACCAUCCCAGCUCAAUCCCUCUCUUCGCCUAUAGAUUCCGGCAUUCCAUUUUUACACUGUCAUGCUCCCUCUGCAAUGGACUCCAUAGACUCUGGCCCUUCUUCAACAGCUGCCCUUGAGCCAUCAACAACCAUAAAUAAUGGUGCUGGUCUUCUUAGCACAGCAGUUUCAACCACAGUGGACUCAACCACGCCUCAUGCUUCAGGAACAGACUCUGUUACAGAAUCAGGCACCCCCAUCAUUAUGAGCUUGACCGUUUCUUCACCAAUAGACUUGGGUGUACCUUCAGCCAUUGACUUUACCACUACAGAAACCAGCACUGCCAACGAAGUGUCAUCCUUAUGACAGUCAAAUUCAUUCCACCCAAGUUGACAGCCUUAUUUUAAGAGAUAGUUCUCGUCACUUGGAGGCCCCGUGAUGGUCAUUUCAAGUGGGAGAAGUAUCUUUGCUUUCCAGGAGCCAUGACCCAGGAGAAGCAAAACAAAGAUGAGGUAUAAAAUGAUUUGACUAAAAGGGAACCACCAUUAGUAGGUCGAUGCCCAAAACAUUUUUACUAUCCCUUGGUGUCCAGUGGUGCCGAUGUCUGCUUUUUGGGCAGCUAGAUUCAAAACUAUGAUGUGUUAUCAUUGAGUUUCUAUUAAAAGAGUAAGAUUACUUGAGGCAGGUUCACAUUGGAGUAACAUAGUAAUUAGAUUAGACUUUUGGGAAUUUCAAAGUCUAAAGACUUGACGGUAACUGAAAACAGUUCAAGGGUAGUCAGAUGUGAACAGCGCUAAGUAUUUUUCUCAUAAUAUAAGAGUUUAAAUAUAGACUUAAUUCCACUCAAAGGAUUAUGUUGGAAACACAGCAUUUGUGAAGUCCAGUAAUCUAGUCUUUUUAUAAUAUAAAAUAUGCGUAUAAAGUGCAUCAAGAAAGAGCACUAUGCUAAAUGUGUAUGGAGAUGCUGUAUAUGUUUCAAGAGAAUAACGCAGAAGCCCAACACUAUGUCGGAAAGUGUGCCUUUAAAGGCAAAGAUCCUUUUCAAAAUUAUGUAUGAAGAAAAACACUUCCACGUUUAAUAGUAUGCGUGAAAACGUGUCUUUCUGAAAUCUGACAAAACUUAUUUUAAAAUAGACUGCUCAGAGUGGUUUACUUGUUUUAAUAAAGCUAAUCACCAGGUUCUGGUGGGGAAAGUGUAAUUUUGAGGAAUACAAAAGAUGCUUAUAACAGACAAAAGACUAUUUCAAGACUUUGUAACUGUCUAACACGCUCAAUCAAGUGUAUGCAACAGACUUAUUGUGAAUGUGAAAACUUUGAUGAAAUUUUGUAAUUUAUGCUGUUGUGGUACUGAUGUGGAGCUUUACAUAAAAAAAGAAAGAAAAUAUUAUUUUGUCUCUAUUAAUGUGUGCGCCCAUUGCUAUUUUGGGCAUUUGUUACCAUAUCUGUGUGAAUGUAUGUGGCACUUUAUCUUUUACAAUGACAACAAAGCAUGUGAACAUUUUAAACAAAACUUGUAAAAAAAAUAAUGAAAACAAAUCUGAAUUAGAACUGUCAUCUCUUUUUUGUGGGUCUUAUUUUAAACCCACAGCAAUAAUGUAUUCAUAAUAUGCCAACCAUAUUUUUGGGAAUAACACAUUUUUGGUUAUUUGUUUUGUUUUGCUGUUGCCAUUGUUUUUGAUUGAUCACAUCUAAGAACAUUAAUAUGAAGUAUAUUUAGUUCUAACUGGCCCAUAAUGGUUGAUAUUGAUCACAAGGUGCUUAAUGUAAUUUUAAAACUAUCACUUAAAAUAGCAGGUUCUGAACAUUGCAAAAUCAAUGGAAAAUGCAUAAUGAAAUGGUAAUAUGACUCUCAACCUGCACUAGACAGCCCCCUAAUAUCAAUUUCUACUAAUUAAUCAUUUUAUCUUGAUAAAGUUCAUUUCCUUUGCUUUUUAUUAAUGUUCAAUAUUUAAAUAGGUUUAGGUGAUCCACAGUAUUGCCAAGAAAAAUGUAUUAUGGCCACAGAGCAUGUAGGAUUAUAAAAUGUUGUAAAAAAGUAAAAAAGGUGAUUUGUUUACCAAAAUUGUGUUUCUGUAUUAUAAGUGAUUCCAGAACAGAUGCAUUUCUUUUUUUUUAAAUCAGAAAUAUCAUGGCCUUCAGUCUGAUUGCCUCUUUUAACUAUUUUAUAGAGACAGCAGAAUGACUUGUUACAUUUCAUAUUUCGACAUGGGUGGCGACAUGAGUCAUUAAAUAACUAGCAUUUCAGGUCAAAAGAAGUCCUUGAAGGACUCUUGAAUCUUAAAAGAAUCACAGCACUUGACUGAUUGUCACGCGGCUGACUGGUUUAACAUGCAUUGGCUUUUCAAUGCCUUAUAGUUUGGACAGAUCUAAAAGAUUGAUGUCUUAACUGCCAAUUGGAAUUCUGUCAUUUUGGAUUGAAUGAACAAUUUGGGCCAAAAUGAAUUGUUUCAUACUGAUAUCCAACUCCAUUUGGAAGAAAAAAACACGCAUCAGUCAUGUUUACCUGGCACUAAAUGAAUUCUAAUCAAAUUGAAAAGUGGGUUAUAGACAGUUAACUUCAAAUGAUUAAACCAUGUGUUGGUAGCUACAAACAUGUUUAUAUGAUCUUAUUCAUAUAAUUUAAACAAAUAAACUGACUGCAGUAGAAGAUAGUUACUCUGAUGUUUGCUGUCUGGCCCCUUGUAGCAAAGCAAGGAAUGUAACACGUACUUGCAUUGCAUUAUAAAUUGUCACAUUUUUUAACACAAUGAUCCAUGAAAUGGAGCUGGUGUAACCAGAAGCAUUUGCAUUCACGCGUGUGAAGUGUUUAAUGCCUCUGUCUGCGCUAUAGAGCAAAACUUGGCCUUAAGAUCACGCUAAUCUAUUCCUCCUCCACAUUGAACACUCAGCUCAUUAUUUGCCACUAUAUAGACAACAAUAGCAUUUGCAUGUUACAUUAGAACAAAGAACAUUCUUUCCUGAACGGUACGCAGCUCUGAAACCGAACAGGUUCUGUGCCAUAGUUCAAAGUAUAUAGCUUAAUAUGAGGAAGCUAUGUUGCAAUGACCCUUCCUUAGCCAGUGGCAACAUUCAUUAUAUAAACUCAAGCCAUUCAUCAUUAACAUCAUCACCAGCACAUCGAUCCUAGAUUUCAUACUUAAAUGUCACGUUUUUGGUGGGGCAUCAUGCAUAUAUUGGAAAAUGUUACACUUUAGCAUGCCAGGGUUGGCAGCUUGCAAUAUGAGGGAACAGUGUUUAGGGUUAAAUUGCUGGUUAGCGGAUCAACCAGAUCAUAUUUAUAUAAUUCGAAGUUAGUAUGUUAUAGCACCCUCGAGGUUAUCAAAACUGUGGUAAUGCCAAAUGUGGUACUGCUAAGCUUUUCUGCAGCCAAUGGUCUGAUGUAUUGGAACAAACUGAAAACUUGAGAUUAGUUGUCCAAUACAAAAUAUUUCAAAUGCACUUGGUUUGUGAUCGCUUGAGAAUACCUCUUGUACUUGAAUGUGGCAGUAUUCCCUCAGAAUGUAUGGACCAAGAGUACUGGCACGAGGGUGAAUGUCAACCACUGGUUGUUUGGGUUUCAUCUACAUUUUUUAACAUAAAUAAUGCUCUUGUAUAUAAAACCAUAUGUGUCGUAAUAUACUUUAUUGAAUAAAAUCUAUUUAUUGAUUACUGAA